CUGGUCUCCACCCCCAGGCUGCACGGCGGCUGCGGCGGGUACCUAGGCCACUGCCAGCAGCAGGUCGCCGCUUUCUUCGGGGAAAAAGUCAAGAGGAUCUUGUUCAUUCCAUACGCGCUUCAUGACCAAGAUGCCUACGCCAAGACUGUGAGAGAGAAAUUUGAAAGUUUGGGCUAUGGGCUAGACAGCAUACAUGAAUCUUCUGAUCCCAUAGAAUCUGUAAGGAAAUAUGAAGCAAUAUUUAUAGGGGGUGGAAACACAUUUCGUCUCUUGAAAGCUCUUUAUGACAACAGUUUGCUCCUGGAGAUCAGGAAGAGAGUUCUUGAGGAUGGAGUUCCGUACAUGGGGUCCAGUGCAGGAACUAAUGUAGCUACCAUCAGCAUAAACACAACCAAUGACAUGCCAAUUGUGUACCCACCUUCCUUCCAGGCCCUGGGAUUGGUUCCUUUUAACAUCAACCCCCAUUUCUUGGACCCAGAUAAAAAAAGCACUCACAUGGGUGAGACACGUGAGGAAAGGAUUCGUCAAUAUCACGAGGAACCAAAUACCCCUCCAGUACUGGGCUUGCGUGAAGGAUCAAUGUUACUAGUGGAAGGAGAUAAAGUCACUCUGCAAGGAGUAACCGGAGCUAGACUGUUUUUAAGACUGGAUCCUAAAAGUUCUCUGUUAGCAGUUAAAGAAGAAAUGUAAGCUUAUAGCACAAUCUGUUUUGACUGCAGGGGUAAGCCA